UACUGGACACAAUGACCAGCUCACCUAUAUAUAUCUACGGCAAUUUGCUCGUUACUAAUUUUGUCGUUCUUUCGCAUUAGUUUACAUUUCAUUCAGGAGUGUGUCAUCUUGAAACGUUAUAGAAAACAUUUGCGGUAUUAUCUUACUCUUUAUGACGGAAUUAUAGGCUAUAAACGUGGUUUAGAAUAAGUUCAGACUAGUAGAAUAGAUUUGCGUGUUUGACGACUUUAGUUAUAGCGGGGCCUGUGACUGUAGCUCAGUUCCGGAGUCGCUUCGGGGAGCUGAUGUUGCACGUUUCGUUGACAACACUCCAAGGUGCAGCGGCGGCCAGCGCAUCGCCUCAACUCAGCCAGUCAACAUUUGAAUCAAGCAUUGGAGAUGGAUUUGACAGAAGAUGGAGACCAAGACAAGCCAAAGGAAGUAAUUAGGAAGAAGAGGAAAACUGGUUCCCGCUGCAUUGCAUAUGGCUGUGACAAUACCUUGUAUAAGGGUUUCAUCAUGCACCUAAUGCCAGGAAAGAUGCCAGUAGGGCAGGAACAAUUCGACAACGUUCAAAAACAGUGGAUAACUUUCAUCGGCAAAAAAAGAAAAUUUGAAGCGAAGGAUGCAAACACUUAUUCCAAGAUAUUUGUCUGCAGUGGCCACUUUGUGCGUGAGGACUAUGAGCAAAGUCAAGUCGAGAUGUACAGAAGAGGACUCAGGACCCGGCCCCCUUCCCUGAAGAAGUGUUCCUUGCCUUCUUUGAACACUGCAGAACAGCCGUUCCCAUCAGACUGGUUCUUGACUUCCCCAACUUCUCUAUUCUCUUUGUCAUCUCCGUCAUCAUCAUCAUCAUCUACAGGUACAUGCUCUACCACAACCAGUACCAGCUGUACAGUACCUACACCUGCCUUACACGAACAUCUACCUCCUUCAAGUGAUUCCCCCAGUCCUCUUUAUACAUCGCAUGAGCCUGACAUACCAAAGCGAAGCCGCAAGGAAUCCAUAUACAUCAGAAAAAGAGAUGUCGAUGCACUAUAUAUUGACUAUGUCAGACAUGCGGAUGAAGAGCGAGCCCAAGACAUUCUUGAAUGCUCAAAAGGAGUGCAGUGUGCAGUUAGUACAGACUGUCAAACAGUGCAAGCCUCCAUUACCACCUGAGCCUGAACACGAAGAUGACUCUGACUUUUGCUCUGAAGAGUGUUCAUGUUGGGAGGGAGCAGAUUGUUGUGCACAUCAAGAUCAUACAAACUCCAUCCAAGAAAGUCCAAGGAGCAUGAAGCGGAAACUAGAAAAGGCAAAUGAUCAGCUGUUCUCGGUGAGAAAACAACUCGAGACAUCUCAGGCUAAAGCACAGAGACUGAAGAAAAAGGUUGAUUCUCUGCAGGAAGUACUGAAGACACUGAAGAAGAAGGAUUAUUUGACAGAAGAGGGGCUGGAAAUGUUGGAAAAGAUAUGUGAUGUGCCAGCAAACAUAAAGAAGAGAUUUGUCAAGUCAAGAAGAAAACUUGAUCAGCAUCUCAAAACCCACAGAACACAAAGAAAAUAACCUUGAACCUGGCUCAAAAUACCACUAGUCAAAACAUAGUUUACACUCAGAAAAUUGUCAUUUAUUUUAAAAGUCAGCUAUGAACAAAAGGUCAUCAUACAUGUUUUGAAAGAGUGUUAUAUCCCAAAUUGUUUGGUACCUUUUUUGUGUGGUACAUGUACGUGUUCACGCUUGGAUGAACAGGGGGCAUUGUUUCAUUUGUUUGCGAGAGUGCAAAAAUCAACUUGCGCAAAAGUAUCAAAGUGAGAGAAUUAAUUGAAUGCAUGAGAGUGGUGUAGUGUGACGUCAUCAAAAAUAAUGUCCAAAUGUCGAAAGCCAAUUACGGUAAAUAUGUUAAGUAUUAGCUGAGAUAUGACCAUCUGAAUAAAAACAUUUCCUAUAGGAGCUCAAUGUUAUAAUGCUCUGGCUCGUAAUGUUAUGAGCCAGAGCAUUAACACUGAGCUCCUAUAGGAAAUGUUUUUACUCAGAUCGUCAUAUCUCAGCCCAUUCUUAUCAUAUUCAAUUGGAUUUCAACAUUUGAACAUUAUUUUUGAUGCUCUUUCGGAAAAUGAAAAACAAAUUGAGAAAUUCUAAAAAUAGAUUUGUAUAAUGUCACAGCUGCGGUACUAUAUUGCAUUUACUUUUUGCAGAAACAAAUUCACACAUACACACACAUGCGCGCACAAAUGUUCUUUGAUAUUUGAUAUGUUUGGCAGAUGAUUAAUUUUGUUAGGGAUGUUACUUGGAUAUGCAAUGACCGAAUUAAUAGCCAAAUCCCAAUUGUUUCAUUCAAACAACACAUGUAUUACUUUGGCGCAAGUUGAUUUUUGCAUUCUCUUAAAUAUUGUCUCCUGUUUAUCCAAGCAUGAACACAUACCACACACAAAUGAUUUGAGAUAAAACACUCUUUCAUAAGAUGUAUAAUAAUUUACUGUUCAUAGAUGAUUUUUAAAAUAAUAAUCAAGGUGUAAACUUUUUUUGACUCACACUGUACAGGUAUUAAUCUGACAGAUUAAUGUGUUUAUAAGUUUGUAAUGAGCUUGCUGCAUGUGUGAGCAAUUUGCCGGGUUAUGGGGCUAAUAUGUAACAAGUACUCUAUUACUUCUGGUAGUACAGCACAUACAGGUAUACUGAAUUAUUGUACUAAUUUAUUACUUGCCAAUGUUUUGCCAGUUUUUACGCUUGACCACUUUUACAUUGGUUGUUUAUUGAUGUUGUAUAACUUGAAUUGUUUUUGAAAAGAAUAAACAUGGAACUUAAUGUACAACAAUAAUACCAAGUCUAUCCAAUUUUAUUUCAGGAUUGCAUGAAACAGGUUGACCUAGUUUCCCUACUUUUCUCUUUUUGCGUUUUUUUGUUUGGAGCCCGCAGUAAUCAUCUCUCAAAAAAUUUAAUUUUGAGAUCCAGAUUUUCUGCCUUCAGCGAUCCUCUGUAGAGCGUCAAGAUUUGUUAUGUCACAUGUGAGACACAGCUAGCCAUAAAAUUGCAUUUUACGCCUUUCCAUGAUAUAUAUAUGAUUUUUCAGCAAUUUCAUGGUGUUUUUCAAUUUCGAGAGAAAAUCUUUCCAUCUAUACAUGUAUUUGUCCAUAAUUAUCAGUUGUCAUAAAUUUUCUUUGGGUGACUACUUUAAGUGGGGAAUGUCAAUGUUUGAUAGCAUUAAGAAUAUUUAGAAUUCUAAGGUGAAUUUUUGUACAAAAAAAUUGUGCAUGUUGUUUAUUGUUCUUGCCUUUUUCUCUCCAUCUGCCUCCCCCUUCCUCUCUCUCUAUCUAUCUAAUUGUCAUACACACAUGUACUUUAAAUGCAUUCAGCAAUUAUUGGUUAGUCACCCGUACAGUAAUUAAUUCCAAACCACUCAAUAUUUCGCAUAAAUAGCAGCAAUAAGAAUUCUGAUAAAAAGCCAAUAGUUCUGUCGUCUUAACAACAAGGACAUUAUUCUAUACAAAACAGUCCAUACAUGAGAUGGCCUCUCACCCCAAAAAAAUGCUUUAAAAAAGUGUAUUUUCUCUCUUUUUAAUAACUUGCAACGUCUCAAGUUUAAAAUGAAGUCCUUUAUGACAGUAGCUCACUGCUCACAUCCAAGAAAACACCAGUUGAGAGACAAAAAUAAAAACAUUCUUUAACAAAUUUGGAGAUAGCGUAAUUACAAUAAAGAGAGAUGGAUUCCAGAUAUACAUGUAGACCACUAGUGGUAAAAUUGCAGUUCAAGGGUUUUGGGUGCAAAAUAUCCAUUCAAUAUUGUUUAAAUAAUUUACCAUUUAUAUUGUAACAUAACUAGUCCAGUAAUUUAGUAAGACGUAGAAGGCGUUAUAGUUAAUUGUGAAAUAUAUAUGUGUACAUCGUGAGAUGUCAGUCAGUCAGCGUUGAGCUGUCGUUGGGACAGGUUCUAUAUAGUUGUGAUCUGUGAGUCAGCGUUGACCUGUCGUUGCGACAGGUCCGUUACCAGAAACGAGUAAAGUUACUUGAACUGCA